UUUGACAAGCGCCUGACGUCCCACCCAGCGUUUCCACGUAUUAUUUCUAUGGAUAUUUUUCUUAAUAUUAUAGUUAAAUCACCAGUUUAAUUAAUUGUUUCAAUAUGGAUUACCAGAGCCGUCAAUUGGCUGAAGAUUUCUUUCUUCGAGAGCCCGUUGACGCCCGCGUAAGAAAGCCCAAAAAUGAACCUAAAGAGGAGGAGUCUCACCCUAAACUCAAGGUGGAAAUGCAAACUAUUCGACUCAGUGCUGACUCACAGAAGCUUGUGUUGGAUACGCUGAGAUUUAUCCACGGAUCUGAUUUCAAGCUUGGAAGUGCCAGCCUUUACAAGGACAAAGGUACAAACCUUGGCAACCGUUACUGGAUGGAGAGAGGCAACCUUGUGGUGCGUGGUGGUUGUGACUACUCCUUGGCUCCGAAACCUGAAAUUCAAUCAUCAGAAACAAGGUUGAGGGCCUUUGCCUUGUCCAAGUUGGAAAAAUAUCACUUCCACAAGGCACAUUGUGCAGAGGUGUUAGAAAUGUCUGCAGAAAAUGUUGAUAAAGCGCUAGAAGCAUUAUUUUACAAGUAUUUCAAAGUAGAUCCUCAAGAUAGACCAGCACGUGAGGCGAUACCAAUACGAUCUGAACUAUUAGAGAUGAGAAACGAUGAACAGGCUGUUUUGGAGUCAAUUUAUGACUCAAGUUUCAAGUCAAAAGAAACAAAUGUAUGGAGUAUUACCCUGAGCCUAGAUUAUCUAACCAAAUUAUAUGAAAGUAAAGAAGUUCAACCUAAAAAGAAAGAGAAUAUCAACUACAACAAUGUCAAAAAAAAGAAAGAAGUCUGUAAACUAUUUUUGAAAGGUCCUUGUAGAUUUGGAGCAAAGUGCAAAUUUUUACAUGAAUCAAAUGUUGAAAGCGCUCCUGUUAAACCAGAAAGCACAGACAGUGAGAAAAUUACUUACGAAUUAGAAGUACGGUUUCCGGAUGAUACUGUGUAUCCUUAUCAACCACCAGUAUUAUUUUUCAAAACUGAGAAUCCAACAAGUGUAAUACCACACCUCACAUGUCUACGAAUAACAGCUAGGUUGGUAGAAGAAGCUAAAGUAUUAGCUCAAGAUGGUGUACCUUGUGUAUAUUCGCUAGUGGAAUUAUUAAAUAAUGAAGAGGAAAUUACGAAUUUUAUACAAUUUGAUACAAGAACUUUCCCAAACACAACAGAUGCCUUAUUUCCUCAAUUAAUAGAAGAUUCUAAUAUAAGUAAAAAGAAGUUGCCUUCACAUUAUAAAAAAGGUGAUGUGAAAAAUAAGAGAGCUAAUAUAAAUUUAGAAGAAGUGUUAAGAGAGGACAGGUUGAUAGCUAAAGAUUAUUGGCAGAAAAAAGACGACAAUAGGUAUUCAAAAAUGAUGUCGGGACGAAGAAAAUUGCCAGCUUGGCAGAAAAGGAAAGAUAUAUUGAAUGCUGUCAAGAAAUCACAGGUCGUCGUAAUAAGCGGAGAAACAGGGUGCGGUAAGAGUACUCAAGUUCCCCAAUAUAUCCUGGACGAUUGGCUCGAGAAUUUCGAUAAUGAUGGGGAGAAGCACGUGGAGAUUAUAUGCACUCAGCCUAGAAGGAUAUCUGCUAUCGGAGUGGCAGACAGAGUGGCUGAAGAAAGGGUUGAAAAGGCGGGAUCGGUCGUUGGUUAUCAGAUACGACUAGAAAGCAAAGUGUGUUCGAAAACUCGCUUGACUUUCUGUACGACCGGUAUACUCCUACGAAGACUGGAGUACGACCCGCAACUGAAGUCAGUCACCCACGUUUUAGUCGACGAGGUACACGAAAGGUCUGAAGAAAGCGAUUUCCUUCUGUUAAUCUUGAGGGACCUUAUCAAAGUGAGGAAAGACUUGACUGUCAUUCUCAUGAGUGCCACUUUAAACGCUGAUUUGUUCGCCGGUUACUUUGAAAAGGUUCCAAUUUUGGAAAUUCCAGGUCGAACUUUCCCAGUGGAGCAGUUGUUUUUGGAAGAUAUUAUGGAGAUGACAAAUUAUGUGUUAGAAGAAAAUGGGCCCUACGCACGGAAAGUUAAAAAAGGUGACAAAGAUAGAAAAUAUGACUUGGAAACGGACUUGGAGACUUGCGACGUAAGAUCAGAAGCGACGGAACCGCCGAAGGUGUCUAUACGAGACGACAACUUGAGUAUAGCUCAGAUGGUUGCCCGGUACCCCCGCUGUAGCAAGACUACUUGCAAGAAUAUGUAUCUUAUGGAUACUGAGAAGAUCAACCAAGACCUAAUAGAGCACGUCCUCACAUACAUAGUGGAGGGAGACCACAAUUGGCCGCGAGAGGGCGCCAUUCUGAUCUUCCUGCCCGGGAUAGGAGAGAUCAUGGCUAUGCAUGAUCAGUUGAUGGACAGUCACACUUUUAGCCCUAAAACCGGAAAGUACAUGUUGGUCCCUCUCCACUCGACGUUGUCUGGUGAGGAACAAGCGCUAGUGUUCAAGAAGCCCAGGAAAGGGGUCCGCAAGAUAGUGCUGACCACCAACAUUGCAGAGACCUCCGUCACCAUUGACGACUGUGUGUUCGUCAUUGACUGCGGCCGAAUGAAGGAGAAACGAUUCGACUCAAACCGCAACAUGGAAUCUCUGGACCUAGUAUGGGUAUCCCGCGCUAACGCGAAACAACGUAAAGGUCGCGCUGGUCGAGUGAUGCCUGGGGUAUGCGUGCACCUGUUCACCUCCCAUCGCUUCCACCAUCACUUGCUGGAACAACCCGUCCCCGAGAUACACAGGAUUCCCCUCGAACAGUUGCUGUUGAAGAUCAAAAUACUGCCAUUGUUCCAAGAUAUGAGCGUCCAUGAGGUUUUGGGUAAAACGAUAGAGCCUCCUUCAAAACCGAACAUAGACGGGGCAUUACUCCGUCUACGCGACGUGGGCGCAGUGGACACGGCAUUCGCGCUGACCCCGUUAGGGCGCCAUCUAGCGGCGUUACCCGUAGACGUGCGGAUAGGGAAACUUAUGCUGUUCGGAGCUAUAUUCUGUUGUGUCGAUUCCGCCUUGACCAUGGCGGCUUGUCUCAGCCAUAAAAACCCGUUCGUCGCGCCUUUUGGAAAGAAGUCGGAAGCGGAUGCAAAAAGAAGAGAAUUUGCGUGUUCUAAUAGCGAUCAGCUGACAACUUUGAGAGCGUAUAGAAGAUGGCAGCAAGCGAUGAAGCAUAGCAACCACGCAGCAAUAGUGUUCGCGAACGAGAAUUUCCUCUCCCACAAGACGUUGUUGAUGUUAGCGGACAUCAAGCAUCAGCUGCUGGGGCUGUUGGCCGACAUCGGCUUCGUGCCCGACAUGCCGGCUAUGAGGAAGAAGAUGCGCAAAGAUUCCGUCCUUGCUUUCACUGGGGAUGAGCUGAACUCAAACGGCAAUAAUGACAAGCUGCUGGCGGCAAUUUUAUGUGCUGCGCUGUACCCGAAUGUCGUAAAGGUAUUAACACCAGAAAAGUCGUUCCACAUGCAAGCAGGCGGCGCGAUUCCCAGACAACCAAAUCCCGAUGAACUCAGAUUCAAGACCAAAUCCGAUGGUUUUGUCGCCCUCCACCCGUCGUCCAUCAACUCUACAGUGGGUUACUUCGCGAGCCCAUACCUGGUGUAUCAAGAGAAGGUGAAGACUUCAAGAGUGUUCAUCAGGGAGUGCUCUAUGGUGCCCCAGCUGCCUCUGGUGCUAUUUUCUGGGUGUGGUUUGGCGGUGGAACUCCAUAACGGAACCUUCAUAGUUUCCUUGGAAGACGGCUGGAUCAUGUUCCAAGUGGAAAAUCAUGAAGUAGCGGAAAUGCUGAAGACAAUCAGAGUGGAACUCAUAAAUCUUCUAGAAGAGAAGAUCAACGAUCCCAGUUUAAACCUGCUGCACUACGAGAAAGGUAAUAAGAUCAUUAAGACUAUAGUCCAAAUUAUAAGCAACUUUUAGGUCGAAUUUUGUACUUUUGUACCUAAAACAGUGAUAUAUUGUGGUCUGGUGUGAAAUGUAUUAGGAUUUAUUUAAUAGGUUAAUAGUACAAAUUAUGUUUUAUUAAAAAAAAAACAUGCCAGAAGAAAGGUUCUUAUAAAAUUAAAUUUCGAAUAAUUAGUACUAAUUUUUAUUUAUAAUCAAAUGAAGAAUCAGGGGCCUGUUUCAUAAAACUUACAAUUGUACAUUGCCGAGUGUGUAAUUAGAAAUAUUUUGCAGCUUUAUACUAGUUACGCAAUGAGCACCAAAUGAGGCUACGUUCCUCAAAAAAAAAAUAAAGAUGACGCUGUCCAAAUUUGCCUUUGUUUAACCUUCUAAUUUCAUGGAUAACAAACAGACUUAAGCAUCUUUUAUCUUUGUUUUUGGGUAUCAAAUGAUGACCCUUGUUAUUACAGCCAGGCACAACUCAUCUUCCGCACAUUUAUUAUUCUGAUCAAAAUAAAGAGAAGCAAUAUAGGUAGCAACAUAAUUCUAUACAUAUCGGAUCCAAAUAUCAAGCAAUCAUUUCUUAUUAUAUGCUUCUGCCAUUACAAUUAUAUUUUUGAAUAAUUAUAAUUAUAUUUUGGAAUAACUAUAAUUAUAUUUUUGAAUAAUUACAAUUAUAUUUUUGAAUAAUUAUGUACUUGGGCAAUGAGAAAAUAGGUAAUUAUCACGUUAAAUCUGAACAGCGCCAUCUAUAUUUUCAUUGUAAGUUUUAUGAAACAAGCCCCUUAUUCCUAUGUAUUGAUAUAAAAUGAUACAUAUGAAAAUGUGUUAUACUUAUUAUAUUAUAUUUCUGAUCAGACUACUCCUUAGCGCAAUUGUAUUUUGUAUUCUAGAGAUUAUAAUGUAAUUGUAGCAUAAACAAGCUUUGUAAAAAUGUAAAUGGAAUUAAAUACACUUAUAUGUUGAUCUCUGCUUUACUUGCAACGUUUUGUUAUUAAACAAAUUUAUAAGAGGACAAUAACAGUGAUAUUUAUUUUUUAGCAAUAUUAUUUAAAUUAAAAAGCACAUUCGUGA